AUGCCCACCAGACCUAAAUGUUACUCACGUUUGCGCACCAACUCGUUAAGAAAUGUUUCAGUGUACGUUGAGGUCUUAUUUUUUUGCAUAAAAUAUUUUUCAAAAUUCAGUUAUCCAGUCAUGAGAAGCAUCCUGAUGUUACUUGUAGUGGCUUGCUGUGCCGUCCAGAUGAACAUGGCGCAAGGCAAGGGAUCAUCCUGUGAGAUGUCACCCAUGUGUGAUGAGCCAUGCCCUGCCAACAUGUACCCGAAACUGGACGACGACUACUGCUUCAACUGCGAAUGCUUCAAUCCUUGCCAAGGUACUUCGUGCCCCAACGGGUGCAAGGCAAGAGUUGAUGAAUACACAGUUCUCGGUGACCCGAUCUACGUAGCUGUCUGCCAAUAA